GAAUGGUAGUGGGGAAGCGCAGUGACCGUUUUAGGUGGUGCUUCAUGUUAAUCACGCUUUUUGGAUUAUGUGUUGAGCAGUUGCUGUAUCUACAAGGUAUGGACUUUUUGUGUGGAAUUUUCUGUGAACCAAACAAAAUGACACCACAGGAAGCUUAACUGAGUGAAACAUACGUUUAUUUCUGGCAAUAAACAAUACGUAAACUGAAGGACCCCAAGUGAAUGUGCCCAAUUACGUUUCCAGUCAGGACAAAACUACCCAUAUAUCCAUCCUGUACUAUGUAAUGUUUCAGUGCCGUCACGGCGAUCUUAUCUUGAUAUGUUUAUGACGCAAUAAAGAGCGUUCGAUAUGGCUCUAUAUAAGACGCUGACCACAGUUGUAGUCUUCGUGGGUUUGUUGUUUGUCGAGCGUUUGCGAGUUUUGAGCGUCUUUGAGAGCAAAACUUUUCGAGUGCGAUUCAUUUCGAGCGUGUUUUGCGCGUGUUUUUCUGCUGGUUUACUGUUCUUGCGUGAAGGUAGUGAGACCGAAGAGUUUUUACCGAAAGGAAAACUUUAUUCGUUGACUCCUCCGAAACAUCUCGGAUCGCUUUAGCGAUUACAACAGUUGCCACAGUUUACCGUCUGCGACUUGUGUUGGAUUCGACCGUUGAUCAUCUCGGCAUGAAUUCCCAAGUUAUCUUCAAGUCUGCCGAAGCUGUCGAUGCCUUUCACUGGUAUCAGCCUAUAACAUCGUGGGCUGAUUUCGUGGAAGAAGCCGAAGCUUUGGCGCCCAUUCAACGCCUGGACGUACCAUCCUGGGCUUUCGUGGAUCUGACAGUGAGGUCCAGAGAUCCAGAGCCCUCACCUCUUGUACCAGCGACAGGAGAAGAGAAGCGUGUUGCUCAAAUGCAGAAAAAGAGGAGCGCACUGAAAAUUGAUACCAGUAUCAAGGAGUUAAACAGGCUCCUGGAUGGACUGCACCUGUCCACCGAGAUGCCUGCCACUUCUACACCAGCUGGUCCACCUCAGCGCAAUCCUUACUCAAGGGUUUUUAGAAAGGAGGAGCCCCCGUUCAGGGCAGCUGGUCCAUCUCGGCGUAAUCCUUACUCGUGGGUCUUUAGAAAGGAGGAGCCCCCGUUCAGGGCAGCUGGUCCAUCUCAGCGUAAUCCUUACUCCCGGGUCUUUAGAAAGGAGGAGCCCCCGUUCAGGGCAGCUGGACCAUCUCAGCGUAAUCCUUACUCGUGGGUCUUUAGAAAAGAGGACCCCUCAUUCAAAGCAGCAGGUCCAUCUCAACGUAAUUAUCCCUACUCGCGGGUUUAUAGAAAAGAGGAGCCCCGAUUCAAGGCAGCUGGUCCACCCCAGCGCAAUCCUUACUCAAUGGUUUUUAGAAAGGAGGAGCCCCCGUUCAGGGCAGCUGGUCCAUCUCGGCGCAAUCCUUACUCAAGGGUUUUUAGAAAGGAGGAGCCCCCGUUCAGGGCAGCUGGUCCAUCUCGGCGUAAUCCUUACUCCCGGGUCUUUAGAAAGGAGGAGCCCCCGUUCAGGGCAGCUGGACCAUCUCAGCGUAAUCCUUACUCGUGGGUCUUUAGAAAAGAGGACCCCUCAUUCAAAGCAGCAGGUCCAUCUCAGCGUAAUCCUUACUCCCGGGUCUUUAGAAAGGAGGAGCCCCCGUUCAGGGCAGCUGGUCCAUCUCAGCGUAAUCCUUACUCGUGGGUCUUUAGAAAAGAGGACCCCUCAUUCAAAGCAGCAGGUCCAUCUCAACGUAAUUAUCCCUACUCGCGGGUUUAUAGAAAAGAGGAGCCCCGAUUCAAGGCAGCUGGUCCACCCCACCGUUAUUAUCCCUACUCAUGGGAUUUUAGAAAACAGGAGCCCCCAUUCAAGGCAGAUGGUCCACCUCAUUUUAGGCGUAAUCCUCACGCCUCAAGGCAGUGGAAGACCGAAUACAUAAGGCAAAUAGACAGACCGAAGCCACCUUCAGACGUGUCUAGAUUUAAAUUAAGGCCUGCAACAUUUGGUUUUGUACAAACGCAGAAGAAGAGGAGCACACGGAAAACUGACACUUGCAUUGAGGAGUUAAACAGACUCCUGGAUGGACUGCACCUGACCAACGCGACCCCUGCCAGAUUUACACCAACUCCUCUGCCUCAGCGUAAUCCUCCCGCCUCAAGCCAAUGGAAGACAGAAUACUUGAGCCCACUGGACAGACCUAAAUGUAAAUACAUAAGGCCUCCAUCAUUUGAUUUUGCACAAAUGCAGAAGAAGAGGAGCACACUGAAAAUUGACACCAGUAUUAAGGAGUUAAACAGGCUCUUGGAUGGACUGCACCUGUCCACUGAGAUCUCUGCCACACCUACACCAGCUCGUCUACCUCAGUGAGUUCAACAAAUUCCCUCAAUUAAUGUUUUUGAAUAUUUGAAGAAACAAUGUGCUGGGUAACAUUUUGUUCUCUGACCUACAGUUUCAAUGUUCUUCUUUUUCGAACUGUCUUAAAAAUCAUAUUUUUUAAUCAACUAAUAGUUUUUGAUUAAUAGCCUAAGUUUAGGAAAUGCUGUUUAUUAAAAUUGUAAUUCAUCUUUUUGUUUUUGCAGUUCAGCCAAAUCCAGCCAGUAGACUUCAAUCCAGUGGCGGAAAUUAGACAAGCAGCCAUAAAUAAAUGCUAAUAAUAAAAAUAAUCAUUAAAUCUAGAAUCUGAAAAAGAAUGAAGCAGCAUUUUAAAUCAGUCACUUGAUCACACAUUUACUAAUUUCUAUACAAUAAACGGACACAGUGUACUUCAUAUGGGAUAGGGAAACAAAUAGCAAUGCUGAGAAUUCUUCAACGCAGAGCGGGAACAGACUACCCGUGUAAUAUAUUAUUCCAAAACUUAAACCUCUUCUAAAUCAGUUAAUUGACACAAAACAUUAACUAAAUCUAAAUUGACAGAACAAUAACAGCAAUAAAAUAAUGAUACCAACCAAUACAGUUUAAAGUUUAGCAUGUGAUUUUCAGGUACUGACAAUAAACAAAGCAUCAACAGAACUAGAUAGUGAUGUUUACAUUUUUAGCAGACGCUUUUAUCCAAAGCUACUUGCAGAUCUUUUUAAAAAUCACAGCCAUUUACAUAACAGAAAUUGCCAUUCUCUGUGAGUCUCCUUUUACAGUCUCUCUCUUUCAUUCACACGCCCGUCCUGUCUUAUUAUUUCUCACUAAUAACUUCACUGAAGAAGCACCGCGGAAAUUUAAAAGACGUGACGGUUUGGAAUUAGUAACGGAGGUUUGUUCAACUGUUAUGCUGGGCUGGAAUUCAUAGCGAAAGAAAGUUCCCCAUUUCCUUUAAAAACGGGAGUGCUCCAAUGUGGUUUCUGAUUUAUCUACACACUUGUGCCGACGAACUGUUGUAUAAAUGUAAUAUCUAUAUUGCAUUAUCACAGUUUGGGUACUUUUUUAUUUGAACAUAAUACAUGAUGUCAUCACAUCCUAUAAGCACCUUCGGAUCCGCUUGGCUCCUAUAUUUUAACAGAGUUUAUAUCCCAUUAAACCCGUUCAUGUACAUAUUUUUGCUUUCUGUUAUCAGUUCUGAUUCAUGACUGUGACAUCGCCUGUCAUAAUGACCUUAAAGAGUAUUGAUUUUGGCUAUAUUCUUUCAUGCAGCGCACAGCCUCUGUCUGGGUAACGAUGUGCAUAUUUUCAUAUGAACUGUGUUCAUGUUUAUGCAUCCAAACAGCUGUUAUUUGGAUCACGGAUGAACUAAAACAUUGUGUCAUUUUCACAUAACACAGUAGCAGCCCCUAUACUAAUAAGUUUGUCUUGUUUUCUUGUUUCAUUCUCGGGACAUCUGAGUCUGACAGAGCCAGCUUGGGUUUGACUGGAUGUUCAGCAUCGUGCCACUACGUGAUAACCACAACUGAAGCCAGGGUCAACUGGAAGGUAAUGGGAGUCUGUAAGGAGUCACGGGUGGAGGAGAGAUGCCAGAAGUGCUGGCAUUCCUUUGUGUAGAAUUAUAAUUAAUUCGUAACACUUCAACAUGUUACAGUUUGAUUUCAAGCAAAUAACACAUUCACUUCUUAUAAUAGCAAAGAUCUCUAGCAUUGUGUUAUGUUUGAUCCACAAACAAUGAACAAGAGAUGUGUGUUCAGUGCUGUGCAGAACGGACCGCUAUGACAUCAAAGUUCUCGUGACUUACGCAGAUCGAUCUACCGGCCUGUGCAGCACUGCUUCAAGUCAUACACACACACACACACCUCCCUUUAGUAGUAAAUCUAGUUUGUGUCACUUUUGGUGAUUUAGAUCUAUGCUUUACAUCUUUUGAUCAUUUGUGAACCUCAUUUACUAUCUUUUGUGUGUGUUGUGUCCUAACAUCACCAUUCAUGUUUAUUCAACUAAUGACAAUCAAGCACAAAAUUGUUUCCAAGAGCAUGAAAUUCAUCAUAAGAUCUAGCCACUUAGUUUGACCUUUACUUUAUACAGAUUGUCUAAAAUUGUUCAGUCUGAUGACAUACUUUGUUGCAUAUAGUAAAUGAUGACAAAAUAAACAUGAAAAACAAGAUUAAUCUUAAUUUUCACAAUAUUUAUGCAGUUAAUCGCACAAAUCAAGUGAUAAAUUUGAAUCGAUUCUUUGUGUUGAUUGAAUUUUGAUUUUGUUGAAUUAGAAAUAAAAAAAAUUGUCUGCGGACUUUGGUUGAUCGUUUAGCCUUCAUGUGCGCUGAGCUUUCUCUUGAUCCAUAUUUGUUCCAGAUGCAACAGUUGUCUAUACUCCUCUAGAGGCACUUAAAGUGAUAGUUCACCCGAAAAUGAACAUUCUGUCAUCGUUUACUCACCCUCAGGUUGUUUCAAAUCUGUAUAAAUUACUUUCUUCUGAGAAACGCAAAGGAAGAUAUUUGGAAGAAUGUUAGUAACCAAGCGCAAAGGAAGAUAUUUGGAAGAAUGUCAGCAUCCAAACAGAUCUCAUCCCCAUUGACUCCCAUUGUAUUUAUUUUCCCUACUGUGGCAGUAAAUGGGGAUGAGAUCUGUUUGUUUACUAACAUUUGUUUCAGUUGUCCGUCUUGUGUUCAUCACAACAAGAAAGGUAAACAGGUUUGGAACAACCUGAGGGUGAGUAAAU